AUGAAAGACUGGGAAGCAGUUUCUCCAUCCAUCCGCGCUCAAUGGGUUCUCUCAACUCGAAGUGGGCUAGCCACCGGAUGGUUUUGGGCUCACGGCUAUGAUGUUCAAGCCAGGACUACUGGCAGCAGGUUUGGUCCAACUUGCUGGCUCUGCUGCCAUUGCAUACGACAGAAAGCCCAUAAACCGAAAGCCUAUGUUUCAUCGAACACCCGGAACAUCGAAGGCCAUCUAGGCAAAGCCCACAAUAUCUCCCAUCCCGACCCAGCAAAAGCCAAAUGGCACCCCCCCGAGCGACCUCCAAAUCAAGCCUCCCUCCACGGUUUUACCGUCAAGAAACGCAAAGCCGACGACUUUCGUGACGAGCUAGCCGCCCGAUUCGACAAGGCCCACUUCCAACGCCUUCUUGUCCAGUGGAUUGCAGACGGAAUUCUGUCCUUUCGCCUAUCCGAGCACGAAGCUCUCCACAAGAUGAACCGACAUUCAUUCUUCUCAAUUAAUGCUUUUUUCCUUGACGAGGAAACAUUCCAACCGAGGAAAAUUGUCCUGGGUCUUCCUACCAUCUCUGUAUCUCACACUGGAGAGAACAUCUCAAUCGCCGUUACAGAGGUGCUUGAGGAAUUCGAGUUGGUUUUGCAGAACAGAGUGGGCUGCUUUAUUCUAGAUAAUGCUGCAAAUAAUGACCGAGCCGUCGAGGAGUUGGGCCGUACGUUGAAAUGGAGGGACCCGGCCAGCAAGAGGAUACGGUGUUUCGGGCACGUCUUUCACCGCGUCGCUCGAGCUAUGCUCUUCAUCAACAAUGGCGAUUCUUUUGAAGAUCUUGGUCCCGAUGACUUUGACGAAUGGACCAAGGCCGGCGGCCCCGUAGGCAAGUUGCAUAAUCUUGUGGUCUGGGUCCAUCGAUCAAAUCAGGCUACAGCAAUGCUGCGAAGGCUUCAGGAAGAGGAUCCAGACAAGGCCUACCCAGGUACACUAGAUGUAGUUCUCGAUAACAGCACACGUUGGCUCUCACAGUACUACAUGAUUGAGCGUGCAAUAACGCUCCGACAAUAUCUUGAAGAGUUGAUCGACAUCACUGUGCAAUCGAGCAAGAAGCUCACCAGAUCUCGAUCGAAACCCACACAACGACGAAAUUCAGCACCAAAAUGUCUCGAUGAAGGGAAUCUGCUUACGGACCAGGACUGGGACGCUCUCGGCUGGCUUAAGAAUAUUCUUGCCAUGUUUGACUCCUGUCUUUUACGACUCGAAGGAGACGGCCAGGUCAGAGUUCGUAAAGGAGGGGUUGAGGCGCAGUACGGCGUGAUAUGGCAAAUAGCUAUUGCCUAUGAGUUCCUCUUAACGACACUGGAGAAGGCGAAAAUUGAAGCACAAUGCCGACCAGAACCAAUCCUACACCCUGGCAUACAGUGGGCCUUUUUGCAGAAGGCAUAUGGCGGAAGAGAGGAAUGGCUUUGCAAGGUUCAUCAUCUUGUCCAAACGCUAUGGGAAGAGGAAUAUCGAGAUCUGCCCAUCCAGUGGCAACUGUGUGACAGUAGUCUUCCUUUGGCAGUGAGAGCUCGUGAAUCCAAUCCUUUUGACUCGAUUCAAGACGAAUUGAUACCUUAUACUAGCUGUGAGGAAGAAGGGAUCGCAGACGAAUUCGAGAGGUGGCUACGUACAAAGCAGGAUGUAUAUACAAAGCAUGAUAACCCACUCCAGUAUUGGUCUGCUAAGCGGUUUGAAUACCCUCGCGUAGCCAAGAUGGCGAUCGAUAUCCUGUCGAUCCCCGCCAUGGCCGCCGAAUGUGAGAGAGCUUUCUCGUCCGCAGGCAGCAUGGUGUCUCCAAGGCGAACUCGUUUAGAUUCGAGUACAGUUUCAGUUGCCCAAACGGAAGAGGUCAAGAUCAAAUACACAACACCUUAUGCCCAUGAACAGAACGGCAGAGCCGAGAAAGCUGGCAAAGAUAUUGCAGCUGGAGCCCGCACAACGCUUAUUCAGCUACAAUUACCUCAAGAACUAUGGCCUCUCUUCAUGGAGACCAGUGUAUAUGUUCACAAUCUCCUACCAUCACGGCGGUACAACUGGCAAAGCCCAAUCCAACGGAUGUUCAAGAUCAUCAAUUUGCCGUAUGAACCAAGUCUCCGGCAUAUCCACACAUGGGGUUGUAAAGCAUACGUCACAAUACCCAAGGAAAUUCAAGUCAAGAGCCAGAAAAUGGCCAGUAAAGCCAAGAUUGGCAACCUUGUUGGCAUGGAAGACCCUGAAGGUUCUGGAAAGAUCAUUUACACAGAAGUGCGGAAUGAGCUAGGCACAGACCUAAACGGAAAACAAACAGAGGAACAUCGUGCGGAUCCGUCUGGCACAAUAACACCAGAAACACAUUCAACGGACCGGAGUUCCUUGUCCCCAGAUAUUAGGCUGGGAACACCUCUCGAAUCGCCACACAGUAUGCUGUCAGAUAUUGAUGUGGUCGAACAACUGGAUGACAGCGGUGCUAGCCAAAGGCAGCAUGAGCAGCUUCAUCAAGACACAGGGCCAAGAAGACAGGCACCUGCAGACGUGGAUGAGAACCCACGAUCAGAAACACCGCGCAACACCUUGCAAGAACAAACACCACCCUAUACGCCGGCCCAACAAUAUAGGGGAAAUGAAACACAAAUUCGGAACCAGCUUGCCCUAGAAGAACAGGAGGAUAUGCAGCAGGAACAACCCAUCCCACCUGCACAGGCAAUACAUGGCACAUUUUCCGAAGAACAGGAUGUUGAAGAUUCAGCGUCGGAACAGCUGAUGGGCCAGGGGUUAGUGUCUGAUCAAGACAAUAAUCCCAGCCAGACUUCACAUCGUAGCCUGCGUGAUCAACCACGGCGGGACUCCUCAGACAAUGGCGCUACUAUUGCUGCAGAAAGAUCAUCCAAAAGAUAUCAGACAGGGACAGGCAAAACGCCCACUGAUACCGAUGUGGACGGUCAUAAAGAUCAGGGAACAUCUCAACCAGCCACGGGUCCCAAAGAACUGGUUUGA